AUGCCUCGUAAAGCCGAAGAAAAUCACAAACAAUCGACGGUAGAUGUUACAGAGACACUGUUAGAGGUAUCGCCAAAACAUUCAGACUUGUUACCACCAACAGACGUUGUGGUCUCGUCAGAUAUUCCGUCAUUUUUUCCCAUUCUGCGUCAGCCAACUUAUCCUUAUUAUACUGCCGGAGAGAUAGCAGAAGUAGACUUUCCGACGGAAAUUAAACUAUCAAUAUUCAUGCAAUUGAAAAAACUUAUAUUGACCUUUGGACAAAGUGUGUGUGAGGAAUGUGUUAUAGCAAAAUUCAUUACAUUUGAAGAGUGGAAUAGACUUCAAGGAUAUGAUGACGAUGUUAAAGUAGAUAUGGAUAUUAAAAUUGGAGACGAACAGCAGAUUGAGGAAUGGAUCGACAUUAGCAGCAUAACAUAUAUCGACAUAGAUCUGGCUGCUGCAGUUCCACUUGUUACCCAGUAUUCAUCACCAUCUUCGUCGUCGUCAUCCUUAACAACUACACCAUCCACAUCUGCACCCUCUUCUCCGACACUAUCUAUUCCUGACCUUAUCCAACCAUAUCACAAAGUUUCUUCUGCUUCUAUAGAAAUCCUUAUUCACUCUCAUAAUACUGCGUAUAAAUCAGACCUUUUGCAGAGAAUUUUCCACUACGCCUCUGUAGGAUCAUUUUAUCGUCCAGACAAAGGACAGUACUUUACUCGGGUGACUCUUCCUGUACCCGACAUAGAAAGCAUCGAAAAUUUGAUGAACUGGGUAAUUGGAGGAGAUGAUGAAAAUUGGAUCGCGAGUAUACAGCCCUGGAGCGUCUGGAAGAUAUUCAAGAAUGUAUGUUGGUUGGGUCUCAGAGACGAGGCGGAGCAGUUGUUGAUAAGAUAUGUAGACGAGAUGGAAUCCCAAGGAAUCUACAUAUCAGACUAUAUUCCUCCCGAGGAAUUCAUAUGGAAUUAUUACGACGAUGCAGAACCGAGUUUUUGGUCUGCAAUGGACGAAUAA